AUGGUCAGAACGACACAGAAACGGAAGGCGGCUAUGACUUCUGCUGGUACAACAUCUGCGAAGCCUGCCAAAAAAAAACAAAGUACCACUAUCAGCAGCAAGCAAGAGCAAGCAGAAUCCCGAAAUAGACGGAAUAAGGACGAAAAUGAGGCUCUCACUCGGGUAGAAGACGAAUCCGAGGAGCAGGAAGACGAACAAGAGAACCUUGUUAGGCGCUCCUCUACCCGCAUGGGUGGAAUGCACGGUUUGAUGCUACGGGGCCGCGCGGAUGGAAGCAGCAGCAGCGACAGUGGAGCCGACGAGGAUGAGAAUGAUGAGAAUAGUGUCAGCGACAGCGCGGAUGCAACGGCGCGUGCCAGGAACGGUGGGGGGAGCAAAAAACGCUUGCUCUCUGCCGCCUCUUCCGCAGGGCGGGCGUCGAACGUAUCCAAGCCGAUGACAGGAAAGAAGGACCCUGACGUACAAAAUGAUUUCUCCAAUACAUCCAGUCACCCUGUCGUUGGAGCCGCUUCGUCAAGUACGGUCAAAUACGACGGUUCUUACAAGAAUCGACAGCGUGUCCUGGUCUUUUGUUCGCGGGGCGUGACGGCGCGCUACCGCCACUUGCUGGAGGACCUGCGGAAGCUCAUUCCCCACCACAAAAAGGACGUCAAGCUCGACUGCAAAGGGGACUUGCAGGUCAUCAACGAGAUCGCGGAGGUCAAAAGCUGCAACAAUUGUCUGUACUUGGAGGCUCGGAAGCGGCAAGAUCUCUAUCUGUGGCUAAGUAAGACACCCUUGGGGCCUUCUAUCAAGUUCAGCGUCCUCAACGUGCACACCCUCGACGAGCUCCGCCUCACGGGCAACGCCAUGCUCGGUUCCCGACCCGUGCUUUCCUUCGACGAGGCCUUCGAUGCCCGCCCCCACACCCGCGUGAUGAGAGCCCUCCUGGUCGACGCCUUUGGGACCCCCCGGGGGCACCCCAAGAGCAAGCCCUUUGUGGACCGAGUCCUGGCCUUCGCGCUCGCGGACGGCAAGGUGUGGGUGAGAAACUACCAGAUCGUGGAUGCGGCUCCGGCGGCGACGGCGGCGGACCCUGAGGCGGCCGCGAAGGCCGAGGCCAAGGCCGCCGCCAGGGCGGCCGCAGGGAGGAAAAAGGAAGGGGGAAAGGGAGAGGCGGGGGAGGGGGAGCUGACCAGCCUGGUAGAGAUCGGGCCUCGCUUUGUCUUGAACCCGAUCCGCGUCUUCGCCGGCAGCUUCGGGGGGCCCACCCUCUACCAGAACCCGGACUUCACCUCUCCUAACUUCGUGCGGGCGGAGAAGAAGCGGGCAGAGGGGGCGAGGCUGUCGGCAAAAAUGAAAGCGGAUGGGCUGAGGAAGGAGAGGAAGGCACAGGCAGUGCUGCCCAAGGACGAGCUCCAGGAGCUUUUCCGGGUUAAGGUGUGA